UGAAACUCAGUGAACCCACGCCCAUCUCCUCUUCCCAACAUCAAGUUCCGAAACCUGACAUCACACUGCUCAACAUACAUCUCCACUUCUUCACUUAUAUAUGUAACUCUCAAACACAAAACCACACACUUUUGUAAACAAAAAGUUUUCAAUCCUUUCGAAAAAUGGGAGCUCUGCGUCUUUACGUAACGGCGGUGGCCGCUACGCUCUUCGCCGUUACAUGGGCCGUCCAGGGCUGUCAGCCUUCAGACCUGGCAGCCCUGAUGGCGUUCAAGUCGGCGCUCCACGAGUCAAAGCACGGGAUCUUUAACUCAUGGGUCGGCACCAACUGCUGCCACAACUGGAAAGGCAUCAGCUGCGACCCGCAGUCCCGCCGUGUUGCUGACAUAAACCUCCGGGGCGAGUCCGAAGACCCGAUUUAUGAGAAGACCCACCGGACAGGGUACAUGACCGGUACGAUCUCCCCUGCCAUCUGCCGCCUCACCCGUCUCUCCAGCGUCACCAUCGCCGACUGGAAGGGAAUUACGGGUGAGAUUCCAAAAUGCAUUACUACGCUCCCUUUCCUCCGAAUCCUCGACCUCAUCGGAAACAAAAUUUCCGGUGAGAUUCCGUCAGGAAUCGGCCGGCUCCACCGUCUCACGGUCCUCAACGUCGCCGAUAAUCUCAUUUCUGGCCCAAUUCCGGCAUCGCUCACCAACCUCUCCAGCCUCAUGCACCUGGACCUCCGAAACAACAAAAUUUCGGGCGAGUUGCCCCAAGAUUUCGGCCGACUUGGGAUGCUGAGCCGGGCUUUGCUGAGCCGAAACUUGAUCACGGGUACAAUUCCGAGUUCGAUCUCCCAAAUUUACCGGCUCGCGGAUCUGGAUCUUUCCUUGAACAAGCUUUCGGGUCCGAUUCCCGCUACGAUUGGCAAAAUGGCGGUUCUUGCGACGCUAAAUCUCGAUUGCAACAAUAUAUCGGGUCGUAUACCGCCAAGUUUGAUUGUAUCGGCCAUUAGUAACUUGAACUUGAGCCAAAACUCUCUCUCGGGCCUGAUACCGGAUGUUUUUGGGCCUAGAUCCUACUUCACGGCGAUCGAUUUAGCGUUCAAUAAGUUGAGGGGAGCUAUCCCGAAAUCUAUCAUUUCGGCUUCGUAUAUCGGGCACUUGGAUUUGAGCCACAACCACCUCUGCGGGCGGAUUCCGGCCGGGCCGCCGUUCGAUCACCUCGAGGCGUCGUCUUUUAGUUACAACGAUUGCUUAUGUGGCAAGCCACUAAAAACUUGCUAGCUUAAACAUUAGAUUGCGAAGGUGUUUGUAUUAUAUUGUAUUGGUGUGUUUACUGCACUUAAUUACGGUCAAUUUGAGUUCAGCCAAGUUCGUCAAGAAGUGUACUUUUAAGUUUGAAUUUUGUUGUUGUUGUUUAAACCUAUUUAGUAAAGAUAUCAUAUUUUUUGUUAGAGAUUAUGUCUGUUGAGAAUGAAUCCUACAUUGUUAGAAGGAGAGGUUUAUAUGGACUUACAAGUAAGUUGGAUUA